AUGACGCGAGAGCCGACAAUGUUGUUCUCAGCCAAACAUUCCACGAGGAUAGGAGCGUGGAAUGUCAGAACGUUAUACCAAAGUGGGAAAUGUCAACAGCUGGCUAGAGAGAUGGACAGGUAUAACAUUGAAAUCCUAGGAAUCAGUGAAGUUAGAUGGAACACAUCAGGAAUGACCACUUUAUCAUCUGGGCACACCAUCAUUUACUCAGGCAACCCUAGCAAAGAUGACACACAUGACAAAGGAGUAGGAUCCAUGCUUACCAAGAAAACAGCAAGAGUUCUUCUGGAAUGGAACCCAGUGUCAUCAAGGAUAAUCUCAGCAAGAUUCGAGACUAAAUUCCAGAAAACUACUAUCAUUCAAGUGUACGCUCCAACAAACAACGCAGAGGAGAAUGAGAAGGAAGAUUUUUAUUCCUCACUACAAACAGUUUUUAACAAUGUACCCAAACGUGACAACGCUAAAGUUGGGUCAGAGAGAGUGGGACGAGAAUGUGAAAUCGGACCCCAUGGCAUUGGAACCAUCGAUGAGAAUGAUGAGCUUUUCGCUGACUUCUGUGCAGUGAACAGUUUGGUCAUUGGAGGCACGCUCUUUCCACACAAACCUUGCCAUAAAACAACCUGGAUGUCACCAACUGGAGAAACAGAGAACCAAAUAGAUCACUUUGUCAUUGCCCGAAGAUGGAGAUCAUCUCUACUAGAUGUAAGAGUUAAAAGAGGAGCAGACAUAUCUUCGGACCAUCAUCUAGUGGUAGCAAAGAUAAGACUGAAAAUCCUAGCACAGAAAAGAACAGAAACAAAGAGAAGAAAAUUCAAUAUAGGAAGAUUGAAAGACCCAAACAUAGCAAAGGAAUUCCAGUUGACACUCCAAAACAAAUUCAGCAUUUUACAGCAGCUGGAUGCAAACGAAGAGGACAUAAACAGUACUUGGGAACAUCAUUACAUCGUGUGA